AUGCGGCGGUGGGGGCGGGGGGCGGAGGGCGCGGUGGGGGCGGAGGGUGCGCUGCCGCGGUACUCGCAGGAGGAGCUGCGACACCACGAAUUGGAGCCGGUGGUAAUGAGGGCGGUGGAGGCGGAGGGCGCGCUGCCGCGGUACUCGCAGGAGGAGCUGCGGCGGGCGACGGGCGACUGGCCCACCAAGCUGGGGGAAGGCGGCUUCGGCGCCGUCUACAAGGGCAUGCUGCUGCUGCCACAAGGGGGAGCGCGCGGGGAAGGGGAUGAAGACGACGGGGAGGACGGGGAGGAGGAGGAUGAGGAGGAAAAGGAGGGGGUUGAGGAGGCAUUGGAUGAGUCGGAAGUGGUGGAGGUGGAUGGAAAGCGGUUUCUUCCGGUGGCGGUGAAGAUGUGCUUGACAGAGGGCGAUGUGCACGGUGGAAGAGAGCAGCUGUUGACGGAGAUCAUGGUGAUGACGGCUCUCCGCCAUCCCAACGUGCUGCGCCUGCUGGGAAUUGCCAUGUGGGGGCAGACCAUUGCAAUGGUCUCUGAGUUCGUCCCGGGCGGGGAUGUUUCUCAGCGGUUAGGCAAAGCAGCCAGGGGCGUGGAGCCUUUCCCCUGGAAGGACCGACUGAGCAUAGCGGUGGGGAGUGUGGCGGGGCUGGCAGCGAUCCACAAGGAGGGAUUCAUUCACCGCGACUUCAAGGCCGCCAACGUGCUCCUCACCAAGGAUCUCGUACCCAAGGUGGCAGAUUUCGGGCUAGCCAAGGCAUGCCUGGCCGGCUCCCAGGGCUAUAUCGACCCCUCGUAUUUCGAAACAGGUGGGGUUCCUUUUUGGUUUACCCAUGCACCCAGUAAGGGCACUCUCCUCCUCCACCCCACGCUGGGUGGAGUAAGGGCACUCUCCUCCUCCACCCCACGCUGGGUGGAGUAA